AAAACACGGUCAAUAUUAUAUUAUAUUGAAGAUUCACUUAUACAUUGUAUUUUAAACCCGGCUUUCUAUUAUUUUUCGUGCGUAUUCAAGAUUAUAAAUAUUUUAAAAAUGUACCGCAGUAGUUUUCUCAGAGUAACCAACCAAUGUCAAAUUUCAUUAGGUAGUUGGAUCUGCAAAAGAAAUGCUGGCCAUAGUAAAUGGUCGAACAUCAAGCAUAUCAAAGGUGCUAAUGAUCAACAAAAAUCGUUGAUUUUCGCUAGAUUCAGCAGACAAAUGAAAUUAGCUAUAAGAGAACUAAACGAUCCAAAUCCAGAAACAAAUUCAAAACUUGCUUCAAUCAUUGAAAUGGCUAAGAAAAACAGCAUGCCAAAAGAUACGAUACUGAAUGCUAUAAAAACACACUCUUCUAGUAAAGCAGAACAAGUAUGGUUUGAAAUUAAAGGACCAAAAGGUGCAAUAUUACUUAUCCACGGUUUGACUGAUAACGCAAAACUACUUAAACAAACUCUAAAUACUUUAAUUAGAAAAUCGCGUUUAGCAUAUUGUGACUCGAGUGUAAAUCAUUUAUUUAUUCAUAAAGGCAUUAUAAUAGCAAAACCUCCAUCAGAUAUGAUAAAUGCAAAUGAAGAAUGUGUUGACCAUGCUAUUGAAUCUGGAGCAGAAGAAGUUGAAACUGAAAAUGACGAUUUAGAACCGGGUUAUUUUAAAUUUGUGUGUGAUCCGAAUAAUAUUAACAAAAUACGUUCAAACCUGGAAAAAUACAACUAUGAAAUUUUACAUGCAGAAGAAGACCAUAUACCAUUGAAAAGAGUAGAGUUAAGUGAAAUAGAAUAUAAUCAUUUAAAUAAGUUUAUUAGUAAUGUUGAAAAUUUACCAGAUGUUCAUCAAGUAUAUUCUAAUUUAGCUUGAUGUUACAUAUAUAUCAAGUAUUGAUAAAUGUUAUUAUCAUUGUUUUUAAAAAAUACAUUUAGUGAAAUGAAUAUUUAUUGUUGUUUGUUAAAUUUAGUUUGUUUAUAGCGAUAAAAAUAUUAAAAAACUUUAAAUGCAAAAGAAUGUCUUCCAGAUAUCCUAUUAUAUAUGUGUAGACUAUAAUUAUAACAGGCUGUACAUAAAGCAUUUGCAUAUUUGUUUAUAUACAUCCUAAAGACACCCAAGUCAGCUAUACAUUUGUUUUAGUUAACCGAUAAGUAAAAUACAAUUUUUUGUCAGCACCUAUUUUGAAUUAGUGGACAUGUCUUCUUUUUGCACUUAACCAUUUUAUAAUUGCGUUUAUAACAAAGAUAUUGUAAUAAAAACAAAGUUUUAAUUUAA